AAUUGUGAAUUAUUUUUUAAAAAAUAAGUACUUAAAUUCAAGUUGAAACAGUUCAAUGACAAUAGCACAAUAAUACAAAGCAAGGCCAAAAAGUAUUCAAAACUCACAAAAUGAGCUUAAAAAACACAUAAUUAGUUUUAGAACAACAAUUUGCAAACAAACUUCUAUGACAUCUACAUAUAUAUAAACUUGUUUUUAAAUUUAUAAACGCGUUCAACUGGAGCCGCAAGAUAAAUUCGAAACAAAAGCGAGCACUGAAAUUAUGUGACGGGAGCUGCGUGGUGUCCAGUUCGCACGUCCACGCCCACGCCUAUGGCCACGCAUCAAGUAUGGAAAACAUAUCAAAAUAUUUGAAUUUUGGCCGCUGGCAACAACUAAUGCACGCUGCCCGGGAUUGAAAAUUGGCCAAGCGAACAUAACGAUAGCAACACGCGCAGGAACAGCAGCAGCAGCAGCCAGCAGACAGCAGCAGCAGUAGGAGGAUUAGCAGCAGCGACAAAAGCCGCACAACAAACAUGAAAGGCUACUCGAAACCAAAUGGCGCCGCCAACCGCAGCUGCCACAUGGACCAUGUCCAUGGUGGCUGUGGCAUCCUGUUAUUUGUGCUGACAGCGCUGACACUAACGAGCUUAAUAACGCCCACAGAGCAGUUGACAGCGACGCCAGCGUCGACGGCGACGUCAGCAAAUGGAACAACAGCAGCAGCAGCAGCAGCAGCAGCGACGGCAGCCGACGUGAGCAGCCAACAGCCUAUGCCCAACGUCAUGGAUAUGGACAUCGACGCCGACGUCGACGGCGCUGGCAUUAGUUCGAUAUUGGAACUCUCGGACUACUACAAGCACAUGAAUGCGAAUAUGGUAAAUGGCGGCGGCUUCAUAUUUCCCGGCUUCAAUGGCACAUUGCCGGUGGGCUUUGGCGGCGAGCUGCCCAACGGCAGCGGCCCCUACAAUCCCAUGCAGGGCUGUCGACGCGAUGGCAACUUUGGCCUGAAGCUCAUCACGAUGAUACUCUAUGUGCUCGUCUGCAUUGUGGGUCUCUUUGGCAACACGCUGGUCAUCUAUGUGGUGUUGCGUUUCUCCAAGAUGCAAACUGUCACCAAUAUCUAUAUACUCAAUCUGGCCAUCGCGGAUGAGUGCUUUUUGAUUGGCAUUCCCUUUCUGCUCUACACUAUGCAGGUGGGCAACUGGCCCUUUGGCAAUUACAUGUGCAAGGCCUAUUUGGUUAGCACGUCGGUGACCCAGUUCACUUCAUCCAUUUUUUUGCUAAUCAUGUCGGCGGAUCGCUACAUAGCUGUCUGCCAUCCCAUCUCCUCGCCCCGCUACCGCACGCCAUUUGUCUCCAAAGUUGUGUCGGCCGUGGCCUGGACUACGUCGGUGCUGCUGAUGCUGCCAGUCAUAUUGUUUGCCAGCACCUACGAGUCCGGGCCAAAUCACUUCACCUGCAGCAUCAAUUGGCCCGAGGCUUUCAAUAUACAAUCAGAAACGGCAUUCAUUUUGUACUCGCUGAUCCUUGGCUUCGUGACGCCGCUGAUCUUCAUCAUGAUCUUCUACUGCCUGGUCAUACGCAAGCUGCACACGGUGGGGCCCAAGCACAAGAGCAAGGAGAAGAAACGCUCGCACCGCAAGGUCACAAAGCUGGUGCUGACCGUGAUCACUGUGUACAUUAUGUGCUGGCUGCCCCAUUGGAUCUCACAGGUGGCCUUGAUCAGCUCGACGCCCGGCUGCGCUUCCAGGCUGGAGCUGGCAGUGUUUCUAGCCUGCGGCUGCCUCAGCUACUCCAACUCGGCCAUGAAUCCCAUACUCUACGCCUUCCUCAGCGACAACUUCAAGAAGAGCUUCAUGAAGGCCUGCACCUGUGCCGCCCGCAAGGACGUCAAUGCCCAGCUGCAGCUGGAGAACAGUUUCUUUCCCAAGUUUGGCAAGGGGCGACAGUCGGAGCGUUUGAUUGGCCCCAAUGCCACGGCCAACAAUGGCAAGGCCAAGAAGAAGGCGCUGGCCAAUGCCCGCAACAAUAAUGCGCAUAUGGCCGCAACAACAACAACAACGACCACAGCCGGCACCGACGUCAUCACCGCCAUACAGCCCAUGGCCGUAGCUCAAGCGGCACCCACCCAGGUGACUCCAACAGCCGCGGCGCUGCUCGUCGUGAAUGCCGAGACCAACUGUAAGCCGCCAGUGCUGCACACGGACUUAUAAGACCGGCCGGCACCUGGCAUGCCGCUCGAGACGGUUGUGUUUAUAGCGCGCAGAUGAGUGCGAAUGGCAGUGGAUAGCGACGAGCUGCCUCUGGAUGCGGACCUGGUUAGUAGACCAGAGUGUUUACUGUAGGCAUUGAUAUUUUUACUAUGUAUAUGUAGAACUGUUUCGAUUAUAUUUCUAGUAUUUUUAAGUUCAUCUUUACAUUCACAUACUCCGCUUAGCAGCUUAGGUUCGGCGAGCUAUGAGCGAUGAAACAGAUUUCAUCUUUAUUUAUUAGUAUGGAGCCCUAAGCCAAAGAUAUAAUCAGAGAAAGACCUCGAUGUUGUAGUUGGGCAGUUGUCCAAAAAAUCUAACAUCUGAAGGGGAAUAAUUCAACCAAAACAAUUCCACGGGAAAUAAAGCGAAAAAGAAACAAAAUACACAGAUAUUCGAACAAGUUUUCACAAUAUCGAAUUAAAUUCCCAAUGUGAUGAUGAACUAAGGAACGAAGACGAUUAAUAAGAUAUUGCUUAAAAACA